AUGGAGGUGGCUGGCUCGUUGGAGCAGGCGUGGGAUCCGUCCGCGCCAGGCGCCGGCGCGCUCCGCGCCACGGCUAUCGCUCAGCUUUAUUUCCGGAUGACCAGCCAUCACCCACUGACAAUCUUAGUUGUGGACACGAUGUGCCUCGUCUUCGGGGCGGACGGCGUUACAGUGCAGGAGCUGGUCGACUACUUGGGGAUCACAGAGGACCGGGUGCGGUUUGGCCUCGAGGGCAUUCCGGCCGGAAUGCGGUGUGCCGCGCGGCAGCUGGAGUCCGAAGGGUCGCUUGUCGGCGCUGCGCCGGACGCGGUGGGGGAUGCGGAUGCGCCGCAACGCGACCGACGGGUCGGCACCGGAGAGACAGGCUCGAGGGAGGUACGAUAUUACCUGAACUACAAGCGGAUGUUGCCGCUUGUGUACGCCCACGUGACGCGUCUGUUGCUGUCUGCGUGCGUGACCGACGUUCCACCAUGCCGGUACGUGGAGUCGGUGCAGCAGGCGCAGUUGGCGGCGUACCAGAAAGCUGACGCGAGCGUCGCUCACGCCUUCUUUGCCUCUGGCCAAGCACCUCACUCAGAGGAGGCGCUGCCCGCCAGCAGCGGCGUCGGGCCGUCCGACAAGGGCGUCGGUGAUCACAUCGACGUCUCCGAGGCGAUGCGGCGCAGAAACGCGAUUCGCGGUAUCCUCUGCCUCGGCUGCUCUUGCUACUUCCUUGUCGAGGAAUUUUGUGAGACCCUCACUCGCUGCCCGCGGUGCGAGAGAGACAUCCUGAGCCUCUGCCUGCAGGCCAUCCAGGCGCAGUUGGAGGCGCUUGUGAGGGAGAAGCAGACGCUGGUGACACUGCUGCCUCCCGUGAGGCAGGUGUGGAAGCGGGUCAUUGCACGCGAACCAUCACAGGCGCCAAGCGUCGCAGCAAAGACUUCAUCAUCGACGGCAGAGGCACCCGAGACGGCAGGGCAAAACACCACAGCGGGCACAGGUGGUGCUACCGUCAGUGCAGCUGCGUUGCCGCUGAGGCUCCAGCUAGAUUGCACGCUGUCCCGCGACCCCUUUCUAUUUCAGCAAGCCGUCGCAUUCUUGUCGCUCUACAGCAUGCCCUUUGCUUCCGUGAGCGACGCGGCGAGUGUGGUGAAUGUGCAGGAGAUACUCACCGAGCGCGAGUAUCAGGAUCGGCUCCGCGGGCGCGCGUCGGUGACCGAUCAGUUUCGGUCCCUCCACCGUCAUGCUGCAUCGGUGCACGUGCGUCUCAUGUCCCAGCGAGAGAUUGACGCUGCGCUGCAGCAGGAGAAUCACCAGAAGGUGCUGAAGCGGGCGAUGCUGCCGCCGUGGCUGCGAAACACAACCACUCUUAAUGGGCUUGGCGGCAGUCACAUUUACGCCAGCGCCGACAACGGUGCCGCCGCGACGCAAGAAGCGGAAAUGGACGUGGCGAAGGAGCCAUGGGAGAUGGAGGGCUUGCUAUUUAGAGGGACUACAAAAGGACACGUGCCGACGGGCGGAGCGGUCUGGACGGCAGACAGUAGCGUCGCCCGAUCCUCGGUAACAGCGGCGCCGGUGCAGAAGCGUCGGCGAGUCACAACCGAUGCUAACGAAAAAGCAGAGCUGACACGCACCGCCUCCUUUAUCGCGACUCACUACUAUGAUGACGAGUUUGAUGCGGUGGCGCUUCCGCAGACGCGGCGCGUGCGAGGGAGGAAGAGGGAGCCAUGA